UAUUAAUAGCUUCAAAUCCUGUCAGCCCUCGGGGCAGCAACACACAGAACAUGUCAAUCAAACCGCAAUGUCCGUCUUUUUCUCAACAAUAUCUAAUUUCUCGGAAAACUCCACCCCUUUUGUUUUCGUUAACAUUUUUUUUUUCGAUUACAUUUUUUUUUUUUUUUUUGUAAUAAAACAAAUUUAAGGCAGCGACCUAUUUUGGCAUAUCGGGUUACACCUUGUUUUAGUCCGUACAAAGGUUGGCUAAAUAAUUAUAAUAGUUAGGAUUGCUCCUAUAAGACAACAAGCACCGAGCCCGCGGUAUUGUGACAGCGCGUCAGAGUGAAAUAGUGGGAUAACAGACGGCCAUUAAUCUUGUGUCGUCUGCUUUAAGUAGAUUUUACCGCCGACUUCAGCGGUCGAUUCGCGGAGAACGCUUUCACGCUGUACAGCCUAUACCUGCGCAGUGCCGGUUCUGUGUUGAGUUCAAACAGCCGACAAGGUGAGUCGGUGUUUUGCAUUUUCAUCCCAGAAGUGAAUCUACAAAGCGGAUUCGACGUCCAUUUCCUUGUGUGUACUAACGUAUACUCAUUUGUUGAUAAUUAUUGUGUGUAGUAAGUAGUCUACGUGGAGAAGAGUUAUACCUGGAGGAUUUUCUAAAAGUAUAUAUAUAUUUAUAUAUCAAAGGAUAAUAGGCGUAAUUAAAGAUUUGAGAAAAAUGAGAAUCCACGUCGACUCUACCAUCAUGUGUGUUUUGUUGUGUACACUCUUGCACAGUGGUUUUACACAAGUCGCCAGAGUCUCCCCCGAGGAUACGACAACCGGAGCGACAACAGAUGCAGCAACUCCCGGCGACGCCACUGAUGCCCCAACAUCCACAGCAACUACAGCCACUACGUCCCCCGAGAGCACCACGCCGACUAUAGACACGACUCCGACAGCGGUUGUGACAGACACCCAAACCACAACCGAAGCAUCGACAACAGCGGCAGAUUCGACUACUCUACAGGAUACAGUGUCAGUGACGACGACACAACCCAUAUCACUGACGACGUCAGCGUCAACAUCGCAGAUCACGUCCACGCCGUCACCAACGUCCACACCGUCUUCAUCUGCAGCAUCAGUCACCACAUCGUCAUCGUCAUCAUCAUCGUCAUCAUCAUCAUCAUCAUCGUCAUCGUCAUCAUCAUCAGUUUCAGCAGUCACUGGUUCAGUAUCGGUGACGACGUUACCGACGACUGCAUCACCAACAACGGGAACAACUGUGCCUGCCACGACCACUUUACCAAAAUUAACCACCAAGUUUCCCUCUCUCAAUACAAAUGUUGAAAUAUCUCAGUACAUUCUCAGCUUGGAAGUUGGACCUGGAAAGUACAUCAGAUCAUCUCUGAAUUCAACUCUUUUGCUGAAGGAGAUUGAAAGUAUAUUUAAACAGACAUCUGGAUUUAGUAAGGUGGUUCAUAACGAAGAUAAGUCAAAAGAUGGCGUGCUGCAGUUUGAUGUAUUAUACAGCCUGACGUUAUUGCAGUCAUCACGGAAGUCAGACGACCCAGUUGGUGAAACGGAAAUUGCGAUCACACGCGCUUUACAAAAUCUUAACGAGUCUACCAACGUGAAUGUUUCCUCCAUUGACGGCGAUUUUGAGAAAUAUAUUUCUGAUUUCGCGGCACGGACUACCGACGUUUGUCAGGCAUCUAGUAUUUGUCAGCUGGGAUAUGUCUGCAGGUUAAGUCCGACAGAGGGCGCUAGGUGUCUGCACUCGUGUGAAAACGUAGACUGCGGAAAACACGGAGAGUGUGAGCUGAUCGUCACUGGAAAAGGGGAGGCAACUACACGGUGCAAGUGUAUAGCAGACGACAUGAACGUUUAUUCUGGCGCCAGCUGUGAGCACAAGAAGAUGCAGCCAGACAUCACGAUGGCUAUCAUAGGGGGCGUGCUCGGCGGUUUCUCCUUCCUUCUGCUCAUCAUCAUCUACUGCAUGUGCUGCAGAUCCCACAAGAAGCAGGAGAAGAAAUAGUAAGUUGUUCUGCCCUUGAAACAGUUUUAAUUUUAAACCCAGUGACGUAUUCUAGAGUACCUUACUUUGAAACAGUUUAAAAACAAAACCCAGUAAGUUGUCAUGGAGUUACUUUUUUUUUUUUAAUCCAAUAAGUGUUCCUGAGGUUACUUCCCAUGAAACAGUUUUUUGAAAACUCCAGUAAGUUGUUCUAGAGUUAAUUCUCCCGAAACAGUUUUCUAAAAAAAACCCCAGUAAGUUGUUCUGGAGUUACUUCCCUUGAAACUGUUUACAACACAAAAAAACCCAGUAAGUUAAGGAGUUUCUUCCCCUGAAGCAAGAAAACUUUGUAAGUUGUUGUAGAGCUGUUGUCAUUUUGCAAUAAUAAGUUGUUCUGGAGUUAUUUCCCGUAAAACAGUUUAAAACCCCCUCAAAAAAACAACCCAGUUAGUUGUUCUGGAGUUACUGCACCUG